AUGAAAACUCCUACCAUUUCUUUGAUUCUUCUUCUCAUCUUGUCGUGCUCAUUGGCAUCUUCUGCAGCCGGUGACUUCCUACAGUGUCUUUCCGAGAAAUUCGACAACUACUCUUCGAUCUCCAACGUUGUUUAUACCUUAAAUAAUUCAUCUUACACUUCCAUUUUGAAAUAUUCCAUCUUUAACCUUAGAUUCGCUACGAACUCUACACCAAAGCCGCAGACGAUCAUAACCCCAGAACACGAAUCUCAAAUACCGGCUAUAAUACACUGCGCUAAAGAAGCUUGCCUUGAAGUCAGGACUCGAAGCGGGGGCCAUGACUUCGAGGGACUAUCCUAUGUGUCACGAGUCCCGUUUGUGGUAAUUGAUUUGAUCAAUCUCAGUGAAAUUACCAUGGACGCUGAGUCAAAAACUGCGUGGGUUGAAGCUGGUGCAACCAUCGGCAGAAAAUGGAGCGGAGACGCUGCAUCCAAAUAG